AUGGUUGACAAUGCUCAAAGGAUCAUCACGCAUAUGAACAAGGACCACAAACUGGCUUUAGAAGAUUACUUGUACGUGUACGGAGGCGUGCCCAUCACAGAAAAGAUCAAACAUGUGAGGUUGCAUGGCAUUGAAUUGGAGUGUAUGACGUUGCAGUUCAUGCAUGAGGACAUCGACUGCGACGUCGAGAAGACAAUUCUGUUCAAACCGCCUCUGAAGGACUGGUCCGAAGCGAAGAGCAGGCUAGUGACGAUGGCUCACGAGGCUGCUGAUAAACGGAACCUCUCGCACAUCCAGAUAAACGAUAUGAGCUACCCCGACACGGCAAUCGAGUAUAUCGUGAUAAUUGGCGUUUUUCUGCCCUUUAUCUGUUACAAAUGGCGCAAGGUGUUAUCAUGGUUGCCAUUGCCCUCGCUUGUUAUCGAGUUUCUGGACAAUGACAACGUGCUGCGAGGAAUAAUGGCACUUGCCAUCGUAACGCAUGUUCUUGAGACUUGGACGCUUCUGAGACCGAGAUUGAACUACUACAGGGUGCCAACCGACUUCCUGGUGGAAUGGUAUCUGUUUGGGCUGUUGGAAGGCUUUGCCCCCGUCAAGAGACUGGAACGUAUGGCACGGGAAAAACUCAGGGAGAAGAGAUAA